AUGUCCUACCCGCAGUUCGGAUACCCCUACUCCUCGGCUCCCCAGUUCCUGAUGACCACGAACGCCCUGAGCACGUGCUGUGAGUCGGGCGGCCACACUCUGGCCGACUCCGGGCCCUCCGCCUCGGCCCAGGCUCCCGUCUACUGCCCGGUCUACGAGAGCCGGCUGCUGGCCACCGCGCGCCACGAGCUCAACUCGGCCGCGGCGCUCGGUGUCUACGGGGGCCCUUACGGCGGCUCGCAGGGCUAUGGCAACUACGUGACCUACGGCUCCGAGGCGUCGGCCUUCUACUCUCUGAACAGCUUCGACUCCAAGGAUGGGGCGGGAUCUGCGCAUGCGGGCCUGGCUCCCGCUGCCGCCGCCGCCGCCGCCGCCUACUACCCGUACGAGCCGGCGCUGGGCCAGUACCCCUAUGACAGGUACGGGACCAUGGACAGCGGCACGCGGCGCAAGAACGCCACGCGCGAGACCACCAGCACGCUGAAGGCCUGGCUGCAGGAGCACCGCAAGAACCCCUACCCCACGAAGGGCGAGAAGAUCAUGCUGGCCAUCAUCACCAAGAUGACCCUCACGCAGGUCUCCACCUGGUUCGCCAACGCGCGCCGCCGCCUCAAGAAGGAGAACAAGAUGACGUGGCCGCCGCGGAACAAGUGCGGAGACGAGAAGCGGCCCUACGGCGAGGGCGGGGAGGAGGAGGGGGAGGACGAGGCGCGCGAGGAGCCCCUCAAGAGCCCCAAGAGCGAAGAGCCCGUUGGCAAAGAGGAGAAGGAGCUGGAGCUCAGUGAUUUGGAGGACUUCGACCCUCUUGAGACCGAACCUCCUGAGUGUGAGCUGAAGCCGCCCUUCCAGUCCCUGGACAGAGUCCCUGCUGCCCACGACGGCCCCGGUGCCCCGGGCAAGGAGGCCUCCGGUGCCCUCCGGAUGCCUCUGGCCGCCGGUGGCGGAACCGCCCUGGAUGAGGACUUGGAGAGGGCCCGAAGCUGCCUCCGGAGCGUGGCGGCGGGGCCGGAGCAGCAGGCGGGAGCCGGGAGUGGCCCGCAGACCUGCGAGGCCAAACUGGGCUUUGCGCCGCGGAGAGCAACCGCGGGCCUCGAUGCCAAGCCGCGCAUCUGGUCCCUGGCGCACACGGCCACUGUUGCCGCCGCCACCACCGCCCUAAGCCACACUGAAUUCCCGUCGUGCAUGCUCAAGCGCCAAGGCCUCGCCGCCCCUGCCGCCAUCUCAUCGGCGCCCGCCGCCGCCGGUGCCCUGGACAGGGACCAGGACUCCCCGGUCACCAGUCUCAGAAACUGGGUGGACGGGGUCUUUCACGACCCCAUCCUCAGGCACAGCACUUUGAACCAGGCCUGGGCCACCGCCAAGGGCGCGCUCCUGGACCCGGGGCCGCUGGGACGCUCACUGGGGGCCGGCGCUAACGUGCUGUCCGCGCCCCUGGCGCGCGCUUUCCCAUCCGCCGCACCCCACGACGCCUCGGCCGCCGGCGGCGCCAAGGAGCUGCUCCCCUUGCCCAAGGCAGGAGGCAAGCCCUUCUGUGCCUGA